AAUUUAUUUACAUAUACAUACGUAUUGCAGGAAUGGGGGAUCCCAGUGAACCACAUGAAAUUUCCAAGCCCAAGGUUCUCUGCGUUGGACAUUCGUGUACGACAGCGUUAAGCAAAUUUGGACAAACAUGCUAAUUAAACUGUAAAUUAUUUAAACUAGCCGUACACAUAUAAUAUUGGAAGUCCGAUCUACCAGAAAUCAUUUCUGAAGCAAAAUCAAUCGCGUUUGGUAUUCGUAGUCGAUCAGUUAAAAUGAGGCCGAUAUUCGCCUCCACACUGACAGUCGUCCUUCUCAGUGUUCUACUGUCUCCAGCCGAACAAAAAUCCAAACGCUUUAUCGGAGGAGGGGGCUUCGGAGGAGGGUUCGGGGGCAUCGGUAUCCCGGUAGCUCAUUACCAUCAUUCUUACUACCCCAGACCGUACUACCCAAGGCCGUACUACCCACCCCCUCCACCACCGCCGCCGUAUUAUGGGGGGUACGGGAGACCGAAGGUCAUAGGAGGUGGGGUUGCUGGGUUUGCUGUUGGAGGAGUCGUCGGGGGAGCGGGAGGCUUUGGACGAUGAGAGGAAAUGAAUAGUUACCGGCUUUUCAAUUUGAUAGGAGGCGGCUCUGAUGAUUCCUGUAUAAUGAGAGGUGAUGAAUUAUCCAAUGCUCUACCAACGCAAGCAACGACAUACUCCUUCGAUGCAAACACCAAUUAUAGCAGACUGUUUUCUGCAGAUUCCUGUAUAAUAAGAAGUGAUGAAUUAUCCAAUGCUCUACAAUGGGAAACAUUGACAUUUUCCUUGGACGCAAAAACCAAAUGUAUAAGACUGCUCUUUGCAGCUAUCAUAGCAGUCCUCAUCGUUGCAUUUUGUUCCAGCAAGACUGUCAAAUCCUUGGAAUAG